AUGGUUGGUGACUUUUCUGUCAAUGAAGAAAACAAAUAUUUUAGAUGGCAGUUGGUACAGUCCUUAGAAAAUGGUACACGGUAUAAACUCAUUCCGAAAAAUAACAAUGAAAUGUAUGUAAGCUAUAAAAAGAACGAUGGUACACAAGUUAAAGUUCCAUUAGACAACAACUGCUACUUAAACUUAUAUGGAGACGAACAAAAGAAAUAUUUAAGAGUUUAUGAAAUGACAGAUAUGACAUUGCCUGACCCAGCUCCAGCACCAUACUAUUAUGACUAUGGAGAUGACGUUAGAACACCACAUGUAGAUGAACAAAAGCUAACAUUAUAUUUAGAUUUUUAUAGAUAUAAAAGAUAUAAUGCAAUAGAAAAAACGAGAAUAGUAUACUAUUAUGAAGAUGACAGAAAUAAAUAUUAUAGUCAAGACUUUACCUACCCUGAAAACAUAAGAUUAUAUUAUAAAAAAUAUUCUGACACAAACCAGAAGAAACCUGAAAUAGUUGCACUAUAUUUUAAGUUCAAAAGAGACAAUCCUAUAAUAUCUCAUAUGUUUGAUUUAAUGAACCCAGUAGGUUCUAUUUAUACAUCUAUGGAAGCAAGAGGUCCUCAAGUAAUGUUUGGUGUUGGUGCAUGGGAACAAAUAGUCGACAGGUUUUUGUAUUGUGCAAACUCUUCAAAGGAAACAGGUGGAAGUAAAAAGAUAUCUGUCGACAACUUGCCACCACAUAGUCACUACAUAGAUUUAAGUACAUCUCAAGCAGGUUGGCAUAAGCAUAGAUAUUGGGAUUGGUCAGGAAUGACAAAAGGUAAAGGAUAUGAUGUUAAAGACGACGUUAAGUUUGCUAUAAAUUGUUACUGGGAUGACACGCAGGGAGAAGGAAACCAUACACAUUUCGUUUCAGGAUAUACGCAAACAACGGGACAGAGUAAAGACUACAUGCCACCUUACAUGACAGUUUACGCAUGGUAUAGAAUUGCUUAG